AUGUCUACUGAAGCUGAAACUACUACUAUCAACAGCCAGCCUGAGCACACAACACCCCAAAAAAAACCCACAAACCUUUCUCUGUCUCCAGGGCCAGAAAAGACAGAUGAAUUUCUGUUGACCAGAUUCAAAGGUGAUGGUGCAAGAUACAAAGCUAAACUCAUUGGCAUUGAUGAUGUCCCAGAGGCAAGAGGUGACAAAAUGAGUCAGGAUUCAAUGAUGAAGCUGAAGGGAAUGGCAAUGGCAGCACGCUCCCAAGGUCAACACAAACAGAAGAUCUGGGUGAACAUUUCCUUCUCUGGUAUCAAGAUAAUAGAUGAGAAAAUGGGGGUCAUAGAGCAUGAGCAUCCAGUAAACAGAGUCUCCUUUAUUGCUCGGGAUGUAACAGAUAAUCGUGCUUUUGGAUAUAUUUGUGGAGGAGAAGGCCAACACCAAUUUUUUGCAAUAAAAACAGCACAACAGGCUGAGCCUCUAGUUAUUGAUCUUAAGGACCUCUUCCAGCUAAUAUAUAAUAUGAAGAAGGAGGAGGAAGACAAAAAAAAAGGCAAAUCUGAUAAGCUCUCCAAAACAAGAAAUGAUAGUGAAGUGCUACCUGCUGAUCAAGAUGACAAACUGAAACUGGGAGUUGACCAGAUGGGCUUGUUUGGGGAUAUGUCAACACCUCCUGAUGUGAGCAGUCCCACAGAAGCUAAAGAGAUUCUAUUAGUGGAUCUAAACUCUGAAACUGAGACCAAACAGACUUUUGUAAUAGAGGAUCUCUUCUUGAACGGCAUCACAACCUCUCUUCCACAACCAAAGCCACAGCCACCCUUCUUGCCUGAGAGUUCUUUCUCUACCCAUCUCAGCUUCUUUCCUACACCUAAUCCAGACCCUUUCAGUGAUGAUCCUUUUGAACAGCCAGACCAACCUGCACUGCCUUUACUUGAUUCUCUAAAAUCUGCUGAUCAGAAGGAGGAAAGUCCAAGUACCUUGACACCAGUGGGUAAUGGUGCUUCAAAUGUUGCUGUUGACUGCUUUGGUAAACAAUUUGACCCAAUUUCUAAUAGAAAUGGCAAACAAGAAUCACUAACAAGCCAGUGGCCAUUUGAGAGUAAGUUGCCUGCAGCAAAAACUCCAAAUGGGAUACCAGAGAGAGAACAGAAUGACUUUCUUAAAGCCCCAUCAAACCUGUUUGUGGAAGGUCCUUCCAGAGGAGUAUCUCUACAGAAUGGAGUAAAGCUGGAUUCUGAAAGCAAUAUCCAGCUCAUGUCACAUGAGUCUAUAACAAUUAGCCCACCACCACAAAGUACCAAGCCAGGAAGAGGAAGGAGAACAAUGUCAAGGUGUGAACAAAAUGGUGAGACUGCAUCAAAUGAUUUAUUUAGCUCAGACUUGCUUGUGCCAACUGCAGAGAGCCUCAGUUUGACCUCAGUGGCACAGACAGGACCUGUGCCAACUAAUCCACUGGAUCUCUUCAAAACAAGUCCUACCACAGCGCCUCCAUUGGCUGGUCUAGGUGGCUUGCCAGUAACUUCAUCACCAUGGAGUGCACAGACAUCUGCCUUCACUUUGACUGCAUCAAUCUUUCCUGUUCAGCCUACAGGAUUUACUCAACCACUUGCCUUUGGUACUCAAGCAGUGUCAAGCUGGAGCCAGUCUGCAUCCUUUGGUCCAGCAACCUCUCAGACCUCUGGUCUCUGGGCACAGCCAGCACAAGUUCCAUCUACUUCAUGGGCACAGCCAUCCAGUGCUGUAAAUCCCUUCCAGAGCAGUGUGUUCUCAUCUUCAACACUACCUGUUCAGACCUCAUCUGUACUGCCCUCUGUGUCAACAACAGCUAGCCCACCUCAGCCACCAUCUAGAACUGCACUCCAGAAGGAGCUAUCCAAGAGAGAGUGGGAUGCUUUUGUUGCUCUGGAUCCACUUGGUGAUAGAGAUAUGAAGGAUGUCAAGGAAAUGUUCAAAGACUUCCAGAUGACAAAGCCACCUGCAGUGCCAGCAAGGAGAGGAGAGCAGCAAAGCUUUUCAGAUCCACUAAAGCCUGUUUCCCGAAAAACUGUGCUGCCAGAUGAUGGCCUGUUUGAAAGUCAAGCUAAAACAGACCUCUUCAGUGCAUCAUCUAAGGAAUCUCAGAAACCACCUUGUGGUCCUUUUGGUGAACCUUUUGGCAACCCAUUUGCAUAG